UCUGCUGCUCGCCGGCAUGGCGCUGGGUCUGGGAUGCACCACGUCGCCCGCCAGCCAGCCACCCGACCCGAGCCAUGUCCCUCCCUCCCAGCGCAGGUGGCCGAAUCCAAAUUCCAAUCCAGCCCGCCUCAUGCCGCCUCUUCCCCUUUCCACCGCUCCGCUGCCCCGUGCUUCUUGCCAUGGCCGCCGCCUCGCCCUCACGCCGCCGGUGUGCCGCCGCGGCCUCGUGCGCGUCAGGGCGUCGGGGGAUAAAGCCCAGCCGCCGCCCUCCAGAACCCAGAUGAUCAUGGACAAGAUUUCCUCAGCCGGCGACGAGGUCGGCGGCGCCGGCGGGGCCUACUCAUACGACGCGCUCAAAAGGCUGGACCAAAUCUGCUCCAGCAUAUGCUCAGCUCCCCUAGAAGUUUCCUCCUCCUCCAAAGCCCCUCCGCAAAUCGUCACCCGCGUCCAAGGCCCGGCACCGGCGGCGGCUGCCGACCUCGGCGCGGAGACCUUCGACGUGCUGGUGUGCGGCGGCACGCUGGGCAUCUUCAUAGCCACCGCGCUCAGCUACAGAGGCCUCCGGGUCGGGAUCGUCGAGAGGGGCGCCGUCAAAGGGAGGGAGCAGGAGUGGAACAUCUCCAGGAAGGAGCUCAUGGAGAUCGUGCAGGUCGGCAUCCUCUCGGAGGCCGAGGCCGAGCAGGUGGUCACCAGCGAUUUCAACCCCAACCGAUGCGGCUUCGAGGGUAAAGGCGAGAUAUGGGUGGAGGACAUCCUUCACCUCGGGAUUUCGCCGGCGAAGCUCGUGGAGAUCAUGAAAGGCAGAUUCAUUUCCUCAGGAGGAGAAAUCUUUGAGGGGAAAAGCGUGUCGAGCAUUUCGGUUCACGAUGAUCUUGCGGUGCUGCAACUGAGUGACGGUGAUCGUCUGCGUUGCCGGCUCGUCGUCGAUGCCAUGGGCAACUUCUCCCCGAUCGUGCGGCAGAUCCGCUCCGGCAGGAGACCGGACGGACUGUGCCUUGUUGUCGGUGCCUGUGCUCGUGGGUUUGAGAAGAACACAACGAGUGAUGUUAUCUUCAGUAGCUCGUCAGUGAAGAGUGUUGGUAGAGAUUCAGGAGGAUCAGUGCAGCUCUUCUGGGAGGCAUUUCCUGCCGGCUCCGGUCCGACUGAUCGUACCACAUACAUGUUCACAUAUGUCGAUCCGCAGUUCGGGUGCCCGAAGCUGGAAGAGCUCUUGGAGAUGUUCUGGGAUCUCAUGCCUGGUUACCAGGAUACAGUUCUUGACAACUUGGACAUAAGGAGAGUCAUAUAUGGGAUCUUCCCGACUUACCGGGACAGCCCGUUGCCGGCCGCAUUCGACCGGAUCUUACAGGUCGGCGACGCCAGUGGGAUCCAGUCACCCGUUUCAUUCGGAGGGUUUGGGAGCCUGACAAGGCACCUCGGCCGACUGUCCAACGGCGUGUACGAAGCGGUUUCAGGAGAUUUCCUGGAUGCACAGAGUCUGAAGCUGUUAAACCCUUACAUGCCGAACCUAAGCGCAUCAUGGCUGUUCCAAAGAGCAAUGUCGACGAGGCCGGGGACGGACAUCUCGCCGACAUUUAUCAAUGAGCUUCUCUUUGCUAAUUUCCAGUCGAUGCAGAAGCUUGGGGACUCGGUGCUCCGGCCGUUUCUCCAGGAUGUGAUACAGUUUGGACCCCUGGUGAAAACGUUGGGCCUGGUCAUGAUCAGCCGGCCGCAGAUCUUGCCUGAAAUAUUCAGGCAGGUUGGAGUUGGGGUCAUCCUCAACUGGUCUGGCCACUUUGUGAUGCUUGGUUACUACACCUUCCUUUCCAGCUUUCUCGGUCCGGCUGUUCGGCCCUGGGUUGAAUCUUUGGCGCCGAGGGAUAGAUAUCAAUGGGAGCGGUAUCUUGAAGCGUGGGAGUAUGGAGCUGGCUUAGACUAUCGCCAAGAGGAAUGAAGAAGCUCCGGCCAUUAAAAAGGAAGGAAAAUACCAUACUUACUUCCUUGGCAGAAAAACAGGGGAAUUUGCUCGCUGGUUGGGACGAUGAUCAAGUCUCUUAUUACUAUGCUCCCCUUGAGAGAUACACUUGCUGGGCUGAAGAACUGACUGAGGUGCUGCAAUAAUAAAUAAUAAAGUUUGUAUAUACCGUUCUGCAUUGGGUUCAUGCUGGUUGCAUUUUCAAAAGCUGUGUCUGAAGCCGACGGUGCAGCCAGGACUAGAAUUCUGAACCUCAGAAGCUGUGUCUGAAGCCAACUUUGAAGCUGUGUCUGAGGACUACUGGAAUUCUGAAGCUCCUCUACAUUGUGAGCUUCAGACUGAAGCUGAGAGGUGCCACUUUUAACUGACGCUCCUGAUCAUUGACAGCGCUUUGUAUCCUACUCCCUCCGUUCCAAAUUACUCGUCGCAGAAACGGAUGUAUCUAGAACUAAAAUGCAUCUAGAUACAUCCAUACUUACGACAACUAAUUCAGAACGGAGGGAGUACUUUUGUGUUUGGGUCAUCAUAUGUUUAUAAGAUUGCUAUCAUGUUUAUAGAGUGUAUGCUGGAAAAUGCUUCUGUUGGCAUUUUCUACAGGGAACUUAUAUCUGAUACGCUUUUCUGGGUUGAAGAGCUGAGGUGCUGCAAUAACAAUAAUCAAGUUUGUUAUUACUUUGCUCCCCGAAUAGGGAGGUGCUGCACAACACAAUGCGGUUUCACAGAGCUGGGGUGAUGUCUGUAAUAAUCAAGUCUGUUGUUACUAGUAUGCUCCUGUUGUAUGGAACGGUAACCACCGUGUUUUGGAAUGGAAAAUAAUGAUAUUUAUCAUUCGAAAAUA